CUCUGACUGAUGAUUGUUGCCAGCCAACUACUAAAACAACACAACUGCUCACGGACGCAGGCGAAGAUACAAGUCGUUUGAAACUGUUCAUCCCGUCUGUCUCUCUUCCCAGCAGAAUGACGAGUGGCAGGUGUAGUGUGCAGUGGGGGCGUCUGCUCCUCCUUCUGUCCUGCUCUCUGCUGUGCGUUCACUCUCAGGUGGAUCCACACCACCACCCCCAGGAGCAGCAGCAGCCGCCUCCAAUCAUAGAAAGUGCAGCUCACGUCUCCCAUCACGGUCGCCUAGACAAAAACAUGGUCCAGGACAAAGACCACAUCAUGGAGCAUUUGGAGGGAGUGAUAGACAAACCAGAGAAAGACAUGACACCCCAGGAGCUUCAGCUGCACUAUUUCAAGAUGCACGAUUAUGAUGGAAACAACCUGCUAGAUGGGCUGGAGCUCGCCACAGCGAUCACACAUGUACACAAAGAGGAGAGAGGAGAAAGUCAGCCAAUAAAGGAGGACGACCUCAUUGCUCUCAUUGAUGAUGUUCUGAGGGACGAUGACAAGAACAAUGACGGCUACAUAGAUUAUGCAGAGUUUGCCAAAUCCCUGGAGUAGAGCAUCUUUCUGUGUCUUCAUGUUCACGACAACAGUGAGGAAUGAGCAGAGAGGGGAAGGACCACCGGUGAGCGUACGUGGAGCCAAACUGAGAAGCUGCACCAACUUUUGGAAGACCAUCAUUUAAUCUUCGCUUUGUUUCUCACAGGCGAUCAAUCAGGGUUAUUGGUAAUUCAUGAAGCUAGUUUUUUCAAGUUCGCUUAAAACGGUUAUUCUAGUUAUUUAAUAAACAACAAAAAAAGAUGGAACAAAA